CCAUUUCUUCUUUUAUCUUUGAUAACGAAGCAGGGCAGAAAGAGAGAUAAAAAAAAAAAAAAAGGAAAGCAGAAAGAGAGAAAUGGCAACGACAGGUGGUAUCAACGAGGUGGGAGGAUCAGCUAACAGUCUUGAAAUCGAGAGUCUUGCUCGUUUUGCUGUUGAUGAUUACAAUAAGAAACAGAAUUCGCUGCUCGAGUUCAAGAGAGUGGUGAAAACAAAGCAGCAGGUGGUAUCUGGGACGAUGUACUACAUAACCUUUGAGGUAACUGACGGGGGUCACAGGAAAGUGUAUGAAGCCAAGGUGUGGGAGAAGCCAUGGAUGAAUUUUAAGGAGGUUCAGGAAUUCAAGCUUGUUGGGGAUGCUCCUUCUGACUCUAGCGCUUAGCUAGGUGGCUGAAGACUGUCCAGCUUGCUAUACUUGGAGUUGAUGUUCAAAAUAAAAGAAACUAAUGCUAAUGGAUUUCCUUUUGAUGUAAUGGGAAUUACUACUUUCUGAAUAUUGAUCUGGACACGCUGCUCUCGUAUUUGUAUGAAUAUUGCAGAUUUGUGAAUGGAUUUAUGUAUCUAUGCUGGCUACGUUCUUGUA